AUGAGAUUUCCAUUAUCUACUCUAUUGGUGGGCGCAGCCCUAUUAACAUUCACAUCAUGUUUGACUGAUUUUGAUCAGAAAGUUUUACAACUUGACAAGUUGUUUUCCGAACAAGGACCCACAAUCAAUGUUUUACAAGCCUAUGAAGAAAUAAUUCGAACAGCAAAGUCUUCUUCUUCUAAUACCAAUUCUCUCCCCAAGUUAUUAUUCAAGAAGGCUAUAAUUGAAAUCAACCUAAAUAAAGAAAUCCAAGCUAUAGCUGAUUUAAAAUGGGCAUUAGAGCUAGAUCCAGCAAUGGGUCCCGCUAAGGAUAAGAUUGUGCAAUUGUUAAUGGCAAGAGGUGAAUUUGAUACAGUUCAACGGUAUCUUACUAAAGACAAUGACAAGGAUAUUUAUCAUACAAUUGAUAAAAUCAAUCAGGAUAUUAAAACUAGUAAAGAAUUAAUUGAAAAACACGAAUAUCAACAAUGUGCAAAUAUUUUGAAUGAGAUCAUUUCAUUGAGUCCAGCAAAUUAUGAAAUUACUGAAUUGUACUAUAAUUUGGCUUUAAAUUCGUAUAAAGAAACCCCGGAUUUUCAAUUGAAAUAUUUGGGUGAAAUGCUACCGGUCAACAAAGUGAUUAUACAAACAGCGAAAAAUUUAAUUGAUAUUAAUCCCAUGAAAAGUUUGAAAUACUUUAAUGUGUUAUCACAGUUUUUAUUAUAUACAGAAGUUCAAUUUGAGAAUUCUAAUAAAAUCAUAAAGAAUUGUUUGAGAAUAGAUAAUGAAUAUACCUUAUGUGGUAAAUUGUCGAAAUUUUAUGUUAAAUUUCAGAAUUUUUUCAAAUUAUUAGAGGAUUAUUCAAUAAUUCAAGGUCAUUAUUAUACUAACACCGAGAAUAAUGUGAAAUUAGAAGAUGAAGGAUUAAUCAAUCCAGUUAUAGACUAUCAGUUUGUUAUAAAGUUCUUGUUUAUGGAUAAUUUGCAAGUAUCUAAAUUAGAUAAACGUAAAUUGCCAUCAAGUAUAAAGAAUAAUUAUGACUAUUUACAAUAUCAGAUUCAAAAGUUUGGAGAAGAGUUGGGAUUUGAAACAUCCCCGAAGAUAUUGUUUUUGCAGGAUUUGAACAGAUUAGUAUGUGAAGCGUAUUCUUUAACUGGCAGCUCAAAGAAGGCUAAACAGUUUUGUGAUAGUUUUGAUGACUCGGAUAACUUGUUUUUGCCAAAGCACAUCACAGAAAUAGACAAGUAUUUACUGAAAAAGAAGUAUCCCCAAGCAGAGGAAUUGUUGAAUAAGUUCAAUAAUAAUGUCAAGCAAACGAAAUUGUUUACUGACAGAUGGACCAAAGUAGAGGAAUAUCAUAUGAAACUCAAUCAACAAAGACAACAGCAAUAUUUUCAACAACAGCAACAACAGCAACAACAACGUCAACGUCAACAACAAUAUAGAGGUGCUCAACCACAUCAACAGCGAAAGAAACCAGCUAAUGAUUAUUAUAAGGUUUUGGAUGUGCCACAUGAUGCUGAUGAAAAGACUAUUAAGAAAGGGUAUAGAACACAAACAUUAAAGUAUCACCCAGAUAAAUAUAAAGGUGAUGAUUUGACUCCAGAACAGAUUGAGAAAAAAAUGCAAGCUAUUAAUCAAGCAUAUGAAGUGUUAAGUGACCCUGAAUUACGUGAACGAUAUGAUAGAGGUGAUGAUCCAAAUGAUCCUAUGGGUCAGAGCCAUCCACAAUGGCAACCACAAGGUGGUGGUGGACAACCAAAUUUCAACUUUAAUUUUGGUGGCGGUGGCGGUGGUGGAAACCAAUUUUUCCAACAAUUUUUUGGAGGUCAAGGGUUUAAAUUUAAUGGACAAGGUAAUCCAUUUGGUAAUUCACAUCAAAAAGUGAAGAUUACAAAGAAUAAGAAAAAGAAUAGGAGCAGAAAGCAGUAG